AUGGGCGCGAGGGGGGCUGGAAGGGAAGGAAAACGGGCCUCUCCCGGCACUGACGACCUUUUGCCGUCUCCUGCUUCGGUUCUCCUUCCCCCCCCCCCCCCAGGCCGACUCGCCAGCAGCCUUUUGCCAGCUCUGGGGGUAUCCCGGGAUCCAGCGUUGGCUGGGGAAGGCAACAAAACGUCAAAGAACAAGUCGCGCUUCCCAGGCGCGUCCUCCACGUUGAAGUGGGCGGGGGGGCCCUACGAGGUCACGGUCCUCUUCCCCCUGGUUUCCGAAGACCCUCUGGUCGAGCAGCGGCAGCUCUGCAGCCUGGGCGAGGCCAUACCCGCCUUUGGGGGCUCCUCACGGGGGUCUCAGGGCAACACCGCUGACCUUCAGAAUUCUCGCACCGGACUUUCACAACAAGGCACCUGUAGCCGCAGCUCGAGCGGCGCCCCCUUCCACUCAGGGGGGAAAUCGCAGUCGCCUGUAGAGGGGAGUUUGUCGCACCAGGGAGGGAAAGGAGGAGAGGAGGUGCCCAUGGGGGAAGUGAAGCAUGUGCCCUGGGAAUCAUUCCCGCAGAUCAUGCAUGUGGUUGCGUCCAGACGCUUCUCCGAGCACGUCCUGGUCAAGAUUCAAGACAGUCGGCUUCAAGACUUGGGACAGGCCGUCAUUCCCAUCGCCCUCGGUUUCUCUCCAGGCGCCAAGGAAUUCGCAGCCUCCUCCAUUAUCCCUCCCUUCCCGGUUAUGAAAGAGCGUGUGCGCGUGGCAUUGUCCUCCGGAGGUGUAUUCAAGGGUAUGUUGACAUUGGACCUGAGUGUGACGGUGCAAGCGCUCCUUCCGCAGCAGAAAAAGGGGGCAUUAGGCCUCGCCGCAAGCAUGAAGAAGUCGAAGAUGACUGCCUCCGGUAGCGCUGUUCUCAGCGGCCAGAAAUCAGGAGCAGGUAAUGGAAGCUCGGAACGCGAGCUCCAGACAAGCGCCAGCACUGGGGCGACUCGUCUGACCGCGGAGAAAGUGGGAUCGGUCCACACCUGAGACAUCAUAUCUUAAAUUUUCAAACUGUCAGUCCCAGCGCUACUGCCUCCGGGAUGUCCGACUGACUACAGAUGAAAUGAUACGAAAAGGAGCCAUGAAAUGAAAGAAGGGGAUUCGUUAUUUUGAAAAUUAGCAGAAGGGACGACAGCAGGGCUGGCUCAAGCGUGGAGGCACCUUCUCAACACCUUCGUAAUUUAAGAAUUGAACUGAAUGAUAUCCGA